UAUAUCAUCGCCCCAUAGCACAAUCCGGCUUUUGUUGUACCUUUGGAACUUACUUGGAAUAUAUCUCGAAACCCAUACUCAAAAUGGCUACUGAAAAGCGUGAGAAGCUGGAAGCCCAGAUUAAAUCUGCUGAUAUGAGCGAAGACAUGCAGCAAGAGGCAAUUGAAGUCGCAACGGAGGCCAUGGAUAAAUACCAUAUCGAAAAGGAUAUUGCGCAAUACAUAAAGAAAGAGUUCGACCUGCGCAAAGGCGCAACCUGGCAUUGCAUAGUAGGGCGCAAUUUUGGCAGCUUCGUGACACAUGAAACCAAGCAUUUUAUAUAUUUUUACGUGGGACACUGCGCCAUUCUGCUCUUCAAAACUCAAUAAAUAGCUUGCGAUCAUUUGCCUGUUUUCGGGAUGAAAAUGCCAGCACUCGGUCUCCCCCUUCAUAUCGAGAUCCUCGCCUUAUGCCAUUGUGCUCUGCAGUGGUUGUCGCAGAAUGACUUAAAACCCCUCUCUUUCUCAUACACAGUUUGCCGCUCUAGAACCUGUAUUAAAUGGCGCCUAAUGUUACUGGAUUGUUUUUGUGAUACAUAUUUGCACGUGUCUAUAAGAGAGAGAAGGAAAGAAAGCGGGCAAUAGAAGGUGAAACUGGAGCUUGGAAAUGAACGACUCACGAACCUUUUCUCUUCGCUUUUUAUUCUCUUCUUUUCACAGUUUGUCCUUAUUUGUUGUGCCAUGUUUCCGUUUCCAUGUUUUUAUCAUUUGGCCUCCAUUAUUCUUCUUAUGAAACCUACAAUAUAUUUUGUCUGAUCGC